UUGAAAACUCACCGGAAGAAGACAAUCAGGAAAGUUUCAUCUAACGUCACAUUUAUGUACAUUUUGAAAAACAUGCAAGCGUAAACGCUUGAUUUUCAUAUUAACUAGACAUUUUGGCGUGAAAGGGUGCAUGACAAUUUGGGCAUCAGCUCUCAAGAAAUCAAAAUGCUGAAAUUCAAACAUGUGAGUCAAGGAACCAUGAGAACCCAGCCCUCCUCUGUGGAUCCCAUCACCAGUCGAAGCUCCCGCCUCAAUCAUCUGCUGCAGGGCAAAACCAGCUUACAGCGGCAGCAUGGGGGAAGUGUUGGACGUGAGGAGCUGUUGGACGCUCUGGUUCUGCUGUUCCAGGAGUGCACGUCCUCGGAACUCAUGAAGAUAGAACAUGUCGCCAACUUUGUCAAAAAGUUCUCAGAGGUUGUGUCAGAGUUACAGGAGUUGCAACCCAGACUGCAAGAUUUUCACGUUUGUGGGCUGGUGGGUCGUGGACGCUAUGGUGAAGUGAAGGUUGUCAGGGAAAAUUCCACAGGGGAGGUGUGUGCCCUGAAAGUCAUGGACAAGGAUUCUCUGAGGACCCAGGGAAAUGUUGUGUUCUUUGAGGAGGAGCGGAGGAUCCUGGCGCUGAACAGCAGUCCAUGGAUCCCACAGCUCUUCUAUGCCUUUCAGGAUCAGGACAGUGUCUAUCUGGCGAUGGAGUACCUUCCAGGUGGAGACCUCAUGGCCCUGAUGAACCGGUUUGAUGACCAUUUUGAUGAAGCCAUGAGCCAGUUCUACUUAGCAGAACUGGUGGAAGCCAUUCAUGCUGUGCAUCAGAUGGGUUAUGCCCAUAGAGACAUUAAACCAGAGAAUGUACUCAUUGACCGCACUGGACACAUCAAGUUGGCAGAUUUUGGUUCGGCUGCCAAACUCGCAACUGAUAAAAAGGUUGUAGCUCCUGCAGUGCCUGUUCAAACCCCAGACUUCCUUUCCCCUGAGGUUCUGGCAGCCAUGGAUGAGGGGUCUCAAGAUGGAUACGGAUCUGAGUGUGACUGGUGGUCGUUGGGUGUCAUUGCUUAUGAGAUGAUCUACAUGAAAUUACCUUUUACUGAUAGCACCUCCCGCAAGACCAUGCACAACAUUAGGAACUUCCAGUCUUCUCUGAAGUUUCCAGAGGAACCAAAAUCUUCUAAACAUUUUGUAAAUCUAGUGCAAAGUUUACUAUGUGCGACACAAGAGCGGCUGGGAUUCGAGGGACUUCGGUGUCACCCUUUCUUCUCUAGUGUGGACUGGAACAAUCUAAGACAAGUUCUCCCUCCUUUCGUCCCCACGCUCCGCGCAGAGGAUGACACCUCCAAUUUUGAGGAGCCGGAGAAGCCUGCACCCCGGCCAGCAAAAGCCCAACAAGGAUCCCUGCCGUUGGGCUUCCAGGGCCAGGACCUGCCCUUUCUAGGCUGGUUCUUCAGCAGGACUUUGACAGCGCUGGCCAAGUCUGAGUUAGCUGCUGCUGGCUUCAACUCCCCGGCCAAGACGAACUCAAUGGAAAAAAAGCUUCACAUCAAAAGCAAAGAACUACAGGAAACUCAAGACAAAUGUCACAAGAUGGAGCAGGAGAUCUCCAGGUUUCAGCGUAAGAUGACAGACCUGGAGUCGGUGCUCCAGCAGAAGGAUGUGGAGCUGAAGGCCUCUGAGACCCAGAGGAGCAUCCUGGAGCAGGACCUCGCCACCUACAUCACAGAGUGCAGUAGCUUGAAGCGGAGUUUGGAGCAAGCGCGUGUUGAGGUUUCUCAGGAAGAUGACAAAGCAUUGCAGCUUCUGCAUGAUAUCCGGGAGCAAAGCAGCAAGCUCCAGGAGAUCAAGGAGCAGGAGUACCAUGCCCAGUUGGAGGAGAUGCAGGUGACAAUCAGGCAGCUUGAAGAGGACCUCUCUGCUGCGCGUCGGAGAAGUGAUCUCUACGAGUCUGAACUCCGAGAUUCGAGGCAGACCGCCGAGGAGCUGAAACGCAAGGCAGCGGACUACCAACAGAGAAUCCAGAAGGCUAAGGAACAGGGGAAGAUUGAGGUGGAGGAACUGCUUGCCAAGCUUGAGAAGACCAAUGCUGAACAGCAGGCCAAGAUCCAGGAGCUACAGGAUAAACUAUCAAAGGCAGUGAAAGCCAGCACAGAAGCCACUGAGCUGCUGCAGAAUAUCCGUCAGGCUAAGGAGCGUCUGGAGCGAGAGCUGGAACGACUACGCUGCAAGACCGACCCCAGUGACACACUCCGGAGACACCUGAGGGAGACGGAGGAGGGCAGGAAGACCCUGGAGAACCAGGUGAAGAGACUGGAGAUGGUGGAACGACGGGAGAACAAGCUUAAGGACGACAUACAGACCAAAUCCCAGCAGAUUCAGCAGAUGGCCGACAAAAUCCUGGAGCUUGAGGAGAACUUGAGGGAGACCCAGGCCACAGCACAGAGGAUGGAGACCCACCUGGUGCAGAAAGAAAGACUUUAUGAGGACAAGAUUAAGGUGCUUGAAGCCCAGAUGAAGGAGGACAUGGCCGACAAGGAGAGCCUGGAGUCCAAACGGGCCCAGCACCAGGAGGAGGCUCGGGAGAAAUGCAAACUCAUCAGUGAACAGAAAGCAACCAUCAACGCCAUGGACUCCAAGAUGAAGAACCUGGAGCAGCGCAUCUCAGAGCUUUCGGAAGCGAACAAGCUGGCUGCCAACAGCAGCAUCUACACCCAGCAGAACAUGAAGGCCCAGGAGGAGAUGAUCUCGGAGCUGAGGCAGCAGAAGUUCUACCUGGAGUCGCAGGCGGGGAAGCUGGAGGCCCAAAACGCCAAGCUGGAGGAGCACCUGGAGAAGAUGAGCGUGCAGGAGCAGAGCAAGAGGAGCCGCCUGCAGGAGCUGGAGACCAGGCUGAGAGAGAUGGGCCUGGAGCACGAGGAGCAGAAGCUGGAGAUCAAGCGGCAGGUGUCGGAGCUGACCCUGUCGCUGCAGGAGCGCGAGUCCCAGAUCAGCGGGCUGCAGGCGGCGCGUCACGCCCUGGAGAGCCAGCUGCAGCAGGCCAAGACGGAGCUGGAGGACACCACGGCCGAGGCCGAGGAGGAGAUCACCGCGCUCAGGACUCACAGAGAUGAAAUUCAGCACAAGUUCGACGCGUUGAGAGACAGCUGCUCGGUGAUCACAGACCUGGAGGAGCAGCUGACCCAGCUGAGCCAGGAGAACGCUGAGCUGAAUCGGCAGAACUUCUACCUGUCCAAGCAGCUGGACGAGGCCUCAGACGAGAGCGAUGACCGCCUGCAGCUCAGCCAGGACCUGGACCGCCUGCGGAGAGAGGUGGCCGACCGCGAGAUGCACCUCAACAACCAGAAACAGAACAUGGAGACCCUGAAGACCACAUGCUCCAUGCUGGAGGAGCAGGUGGUGGAGCUGGAGUCCCUGAACGACGAGCUGCUGGAGAAGGAGCGGCAGUGGGAGGCAUGGAGGGGCGCGCUGGAGGACGAGAAGAGCCAGGCGGAGAGGAGGACCAGGGACGUGCAGAGGCUGCUGGACAACGAGAAGCAGAACAGGCUGCGUGCGGAUCAGCGCAGUUCCGAAUCCCGCCAAGCGGUGGAGCUAGCGGUCAGGGAGCACAAGGCUGAGAUUGUGGCCCUACAGCAGGCCCUGAAGGAGCAGAGGCUCAAGGCUGAGAGUCUCUCUGACACGCUGAAUGACCUGGAGAAGAAGCACGCCAUGCUGGAGAUGAAUGCUCGCAGCCUGCAGCAGAAGCUGGAGAUGGAGAGAGAGCUGAAACAGAGGCUGAUGGAUGAGCAAGGCAAGCUCCAGCAGCAGAUGGACCUGCAGAAAACGCACAUCUUCAGGCUGACCCAGGGGCUGCAGGACGCCCUGGACCAGACCGACCUGCUCAAGACCGAGAGGACCGAUCUGGAGUACCAGCUGGAGAACAUCCAGGCUGUGUAUUCUCACGAGAAGGUUAAGAUGGAGGGCACCAUCUCCCAGCAGACCAAGCUCAUCGACUUCCUCCAGGCCAAAAUGGACCAGCCAGCCAAGAAAAAGAAGGGCAUAUUCGGCCGGCGGCGCGAGGAUGUGGGCACCAACGUGAGUGCGGUGGGAGGCCCGUCGGGGCCGCUGGCGGCGCCGCUGCAGUACAGCGACAUGAAGCUGGCCCUGGAGAAGGAGCGCUCGCGCUGUGCCGAGCUGGAAGACGCCUUGCAGAAGAUGAGGAUGGAGCUGCGCUCCCUCAGGGACGAGACGGCCCACUUCAAGGCGCAGGAGCACGCGCUCCCCUCCACCCCCGCGGCUGCCCGCCAGCAGAUCCUCAUGUCCGCCAUCGUCAAGUCCCCCGAGCACCAGCCCAACCCCAGCGGCCUCCUGGCCCCCUCCGGCUCCGCCCGCUGCAAAGACACCUCCACACCGGAAGAGUUUGGUCGGCGUGUGAAGGAGAGGAUGCACCACAACAUUCCUCACCGCUUCACCGUGGGCCUCAACAUGAGGGCGGCCAAGUGCUCCGUCUGCUUGGACACGGUGCACUUCGGACGGCAGGCGGCCACCUGCCUAGAGUGCCACACCCUGUGCCACCCCAAGUGUUCCCCCUGCCUCCCGGCCACCUGUGGCCUGCCCGCCGAGUACGCCGCCCACUUCUCCGAGGCCCUGUGCCGGGACAAGGCCAGCUCCCCCGCCCUGCAGCCCCGAGAGGCCAGCGGACACGUGCGCUUGGAGGGCUGGAUGAAGCAGCCCAGGAACGCGAAGCGCGGCCAGCAGGGCUGGGAGCAGAAGUACGUGGUGUUAGAUGGGACCAAGGUGUCCAUCUACGAGACGGAGCCUAGAGAAGACUCUAUGAAGCCAGACGAUGAGUUUGAGUUGUGUCUUCCGGAUGGCGACGUGACUGUCCAUGGUGCCGUCGGAGCCUCUGAACUGAUCAACACAGCCAAUUCGGAUAUCCCGUACAUCCUGAAGCUGGAGUCUCACCCAUACACUACCUGCUGGCCGGGCCAGUCUCUCUUCUUCAUGGCCCCCAGUUUCCCAGACAAGCAGCGCUGGGUGGCCGUCCUGGAGUCAGUGGUGGCUGGCAGCCGUGGCUCCAAGGAGAAGGUUGAUGCCGAUGCGAAACUGCUGGGCAACUCUCUGUUGAAGCUGGAGGGAGACGAUCGUCUGGACAUCAACUGUACUCUCCCCCUCACCGACCAGAUAGUGCUGGUGGGCUCAGAAGAGGGCCUGUACGCGCUGAACGUCAUUAAGAACUCUCUUACUCACAUCCCGGGGCUGGCGUCCGUCUUCCAGAUCCAGAUCCUGAACGAGCACGAAAAGCUGCUGAUGAUCACUGGAGAGGAGCGGGCGCUGUGUCUGGUGGAGAUCAAGAAGGUGAAGCAGUCGCUGUCCCAGUCGCACCUCCCCGCCCAGCCCGAACUCAGCCCCUAUGUCUUUGAGACGGUCAAGGGAUGCCACCUGUUCUCCUCUGGGAAGAUUGACAAUGGGACAUGUAUCUGUGCUGCGAUGCCCAACAAGAUCACCAUCCUACGCUAUAAUGACAGCCUCAAUAAAUUUUGCAUUAGAAAGGAGAUUGAGACGUCAGAGCCUUGUAGCUGUAUCCACUUCACAGGUUACAGCAUUAUCAUUGGCACCAACAAGUUCUACGAGAUUGAGAUGAAACAGUAUGUACUGGAAGAGUUCCUGGACAAGAACGAUGUGACCCUGGCCUCGGCUGUGUUUGCCGCGUCCUCCCACAGCUUCCCCAUCUCCAUCAUCCAGGUCACCAGGGCCCCGCAGAAGGACGAGUUCCUGCUCUGCUUCCACGAAUUUGGCGUGUUUGUGGACUCAUAUGGCCGGAGAAGUCGGAGUGAAGACAUCAAAUGGAGUCGUCUGCCUCUGUCAUUUGCGUACAGAGAGCCCUACUUGUUUGUAACCUAUUUUAACUCUUUGGAUGUGAUUGAGAUCCAGGGCCAUGCUGCUCUAGGGCCCCACUCGUACGCCCACCUGGAUAUCCCCAGCCCGCGCUACCUGGGCCCAGCCAUUUCCUCUGGGGCCGUGUACCUGGCCUCCUCCUACCAGAACAAGUUGAGGGUCAUCUGCUGCAAGGGCAACCUGGCCCAGGACACCGGAGACCUGCAGAGGACCGGCUCUGGACGCAGCCCUAACAAGCGCGGCCCCCCCUCCUACAAUGAGCACAUCUCCAAGCGUCUGGCGGCCAGUCCCGUAGUGCCGGAAAGCCUGCUGGACCCCGGAACGCCCCACCGCUACCGGGAGGCCCGCACCGAGUUCCGGAGGGACAGGUCCCCUGGCCGCCUGGACAGGGACAAGUCCCCCGGCAGGAUGCUGGCCGGCCGGCUGGUGGGCUCCCCCGCCAGGAACAUGGACCCCCGGCUGGAGAGAUCUCCCGGGAGGGCCAUGGACCCCCGGCUGGACUGCUUCCCUGGCCGACUAGGGGACGUGAGGAGGGAGAGGUCCCCUGGCCGGGGGGGGGAGGAACGGCAGAGACUCCACACCAACUCUGGGCGCACACCCAUCAAUCCUGUUAACAAGGUAUGGGACCAAUCAUCUGUUUGAGUGGAAUUCAGUCAGAGUGACACUCUCGGGGAAGGGAAAAGUCAGAAUGCCAUGAUGCUAAUAACCCAACAGCAGAGAUCACCUUGAUAGCUGUGACUUGCAUCUGUAAACUGAUUUCCUAAAAACUCGCUGUUUAUUUUGAAUGUCAGGUCCAAAUCUUUUUAGUAGCAGAAACGUUGAGUUCGAAAAUCCAGCAACUGCAGCACCAGUUAUAUUUUUCACAAAGGCUGAUAUAUAUAUAUAUGUCUGGAAAUGUAUCCCUUUCCUGAAUGAGCUGAAGCUAUUAAGAAGAGCACACAAUUCCUCACUGUCACAACCAUUGUAUCAUGUCACCCGGCACAGUAGCUAAAGCAGGGUCUGGCCUGUUCAGUUGUAUCACACUGUUCUAGUCCUGCAGAGACACACUUCACACAUCAGCAGGAACUAAUCAUAAUCAUUAACAGGUAAUCAUAGUCUUCCAUUUAGACAGUUAGUUUGUCCAAACCCUUGAUGGGAAGAAAGUCUGCACACUUUGUAUCCCUCUACAAGUGGCCCAACAGUGAGAAGGUUGACAUUAUUAAACUUAUCUUAGCCACAAUCCCUAUUUUUUUCUGAAUGGAAAUGGAACUUUAUAAUUCAUCAGAAUGCCAUCUUAAAUGUAAAUAGGCAGACCUACUUUUAUACAUAUAUACCAAGAGGGAAUUUCAAGGCUGGAAAUGCCAUGUCUAUUUUUGUUAGAGAAAAAGUCAACGUGUCCUCUUGAAUGUCAAAUUAAUUUUAUUUUAAUAUGUCCCAAAUGUCCUUUAUGAAGUGUAAAUUUUACAUGUAGCUUGUGUAUGUACUUAAUAUUUUAUUGGCAAACUUACAUGGCUAAAAAAGACCACCAAGCUUAAAACAUAGUACUUGAAAUCCCAUUUUUUUAACCAGUGUCCCUUAUAUUGUACUAUUCUAGAAUGUUGUUCAUUAUUAAUUGAGGAUGAAAAUAUUUGUUAAUUUCCUCAUUGAAAAUGGCAUGGAUAAAUGGUAAAAAUGAAAAAGCAUAUAUUACCUUUCUGUGACUGCCUCAUCUUUGUAGCUAUAUUUUUACUCCAGUGAUUUGAAACAUGUGGGAACUGAACCUGUAUGAGAACCCUAUAUUUUAUAGUUGUCUAAUUGGAGUAACUAAAUACUGUAACAAUAUACAUUAGCAAAAUAGUUAACAUGAAAGUGUUACACCCAAAACAAUGACAAAUUAUAUUAAAUUCAGAAUUCUUACCAAGAUUACUAAUUGUUACCAAGAAUGUAUUAAUUCUGUUGCUAAUGUUCAGUGUUAGUAAGUAGCAAUUUCACUGACUUUCAAAGGGACAGCAGGGAUACGACUGCAAAAUAAAGGGUUAUCCAUUUUAAGUUGCAGUAUUUUAUCUUCUGCUAUAAUGUUAUGCUUGAAAUGAUGUUUUACACCUGCAAAGUAAAUAAAUAAUGCUAACAGUAGAUUUUAUGGGACAGAAUAUUAAACAUAUGUCU